AUGUCUUUCAGUUUUAGUCGCGUUGCUAGUCUGUAUAGUGUCUUGUCUGACAUCAACGUUGAGUUUCUGAUGUACGUGUUGCUUAACUGUAAAGUCGAGUUUAUGGUGUAUAUGUUGUUUGACAGUAGCCUCGAGUUUAUGGUGUACAUGUUGUUUGAAAGUAACCUCGAGUUUAUGGUGUACGUGUCGUUUGAAAGUAAACUCGAGUUUAUGGUGUACAUGUUGUUUGACAGUAGCCUCGAGUUUAUGGUGUACAUGUUGUUUGAAAGUAACUUCGAGUUUAUGGUGUACGUGUCGUUUGAAAGUAAACUCGAGUUUAUGGUGUACAUGUUCUUUGACAGUAGCCUCGAGUUUAUGGUGUACAUGUUGUUUGAAAGUAACCUCAAGUUUAUGGUGCACGUGUUGUUUGAAACUAACGUCGAGUUUAUGGUGUACGUGUCGUUUGAAAGUAGCCUCGAAUUUAUGGUGUACGUGUCGUUUGAAAGUAAACUCGAGUUUAUGGUGUACAUGUUGUUUGACAGUAGCCUCGAGUUUAUGGUGUACGUGUUGUUUGAAAGUAACUUCGAGUUUAUGGUACACGUGUUGUUUGAAAGUAACUUCGAGUUUAUGGUGUACGUGUUAUUUGAGAGUAACCUCGAGUAUAUGGUGUAG